CUGUGCUGCGGCAGAUCGCCUGCUAUCUUCUCUCUCUCCAAGGUUGGGAUAAUCCUUGGGCGCUUUUUUCUACCAUUUGGCUCCACGUGGAAGAUGAGACUGGGACGACCGCCCUGCUGCUGCAUCACCCAGCUGCAGCCCGCCGCCGCCAGGCGCAGGCUGCGCCUGCUACCUGCUCGCGCCGCCAACACCUCCUCCAAGGCGGCCUCACGGCGAAGCGCGGUGCUUGGGCAGGUGGACGACGAGCUGCAGAAGGGGAACGACGAGGCCGCGCUGUCCCUCGUGCGCAGCUCGCUGGGCGAGGGCGGCGGGCUCCGGUGCUUUGGCGCCGCCAGGCAGGUACCUCAAAGACUUUAUAAACUAGAUGAGCUAAAGCUAAAUGGGAUCGACACUUCUUCUUUUCUAUCUCCUGUGGAUCGUACUUUGGGAUCAAUUGAGAGAAAUUUCCAAAUUGCUGCAGUUCUUGGAGGGCUCUCUGUAUCAGCUGUAUUUGAGCUAUCUCAAUUCCAAGUUCUGUUUCUCUUUGUAGGUCUGCUAUUUGUGUGGUCUGUUGAUUUGAUAUAUUUCAAUGGAGGGGUAAGAAACUUGGUUCUCGACACAGUUGGUCAUAAUCUUAGUCAGAAGUACCACAACAGAGUUAUUCAGCAUGAAGCUGGUCACUUUUUGAUAGCGUACUUGCUUGGAGUGCUUCCGAAGGAAUAUACUAUCACAAGUUUGGAUACACUUAUGAAGCAAGGAUCACUAAAUGUGCAAGCUGGGACAGCUUUUGUGGACUUUGAAUUUGUUGAAGAGAUCAAUACAGGCAAGCUGUCUGCAAUGAUGCUGAACAAGUUCUCAUGCAUUGCACUGGCUGGAGUGGCAACAGAGUAUCUUCUGUAUGGAUACGCUGAAGGAGGACUCGCCGACGUUAACAAGCUCGAUGGAUUGUUCAAGAGCCUGGGUUUCACCCAAAAUAAAGCUGAUUCACAGGUGAGAUGGGCUGUGCUGAACACUGUUCUGAUACUGCGUCGACAUGAAGACGCCAGAUCCAAGCUUGCAGAGGCAAUGUCAUCUGGGAGAUCUGUCGGAUCCUGCAUUGAGGUCAUAGAAGAGAAUGUAAACACCGAGGAUAUUUAGUACAGUAGUAGCUAUGAAUACAACGCACACUGGUGUCCAACAUACAGCUUGUGGAGAUACUUGUCGAUAUCUCAUUGAUACCAUGGGAGAUUUAAGGGUUUUGACUCUAUUGAACUUCAUCAUAUUGAAAAGUUAGCAUCCACACACUGAUAGUA